UGGCCUCAACUUCCACCUUCGGGCACACAUUCCAAACGGGAGAGAAAGAAGAAGAUGGCAAGAGAAAGGAAGGCUGGAAGUGACCAACUCAUUCGAGAAUUCAAUGUGGCUGUCUGUCCAAAAGAGCAACCAACUCCAUAUCCUGUUCGGGCAAUGACCAUGGAACGUGCCUAUUCUCAAUUUGAGAAACGUCAAUUGCGUCAUUUCUUCAUCUACUACCAGCUAUCGAGUCAAUCGUUUAAGGACGUGAAUAAAAUUCCUCUUGAACUGCCAUUGAUGAUUGCAUAUAAAUCGGACACUGGAAAUGUUGUGCACUCCCAAAUCAAACGAUUUGUCUCUAAGGAGAAUAACAACAACAACGACAACAAGAAUGCUGAGUUGUGGUGUGCUAUUCCAUAUGAUUCUAAUGGAAAUCCUGUUGCUGAGCCAUAUCAUCUGGGGUAA